GUGGUCUCGAUCGCGUCAGCUCCAGUCCAGCCCACGCCUCACACAGGCCCUCCUCCUCCAAUCAACACAGUCAUCCCAGUCGCUCAAGUCAUCCCAAUCAAUUCACUUGGCUCAGAUCGUUUGACUUUCACUUCACCGGAUCUUCCAUGGCUCCCAGAGUCUGUUGUUAAAGCUAUCGAAGUGAACUGCGGGCCGCCCAUUCGAACGUCCAUGCUGCCGGUCAUGCCAACAGGAGAGGACCUCGCCAGCAUUCCACACGGAAUGGCCCUCUGCGACUUCGACAGCGGCAUCCAGGGCGAUCUGGUGCUAAAGACGGGUGACAUCAUCUAUUUGCUGGACCACGUCAAUCAGGACUGGUUGUUCGGCCGGAACCGACGCACUUGGCGUGAAGGCAUAUUUCCAGCCACCUUCGUUGCCAUCCAAGUUGACUUAGAUCCUAAAACCUUCAUUGGUAGUCAAUUCAAACUGUCCAGACCCUCGCCCUUGAGUGGCUCUCUGUCACAGCUCCAGAUUGUGCCCUCUACGGAUCAGGAAAGCAGUGCAGGCGUGCCCGUUUCGCUUGGGUUUGAGUCGAAGGUUCAGCAGAUCACGAAAGGGGUCUCGGUGGCCCAGCACCAUGCGCCUUCCCCUCCCAACCUUCAAGUUCUGACCGCUGAUGCUGCACAACCCGGUAGGCUGGAAACUGACGGGGCUUCGUUUUUCCACCAUUUCUCCUCCUGGUCUGUCUUCGACGCAGGCAUUUUGCAGUUCGCCUGCAUACCAUUUUGUGUGAAUUUUCUUGUCGAAGCCAAGCCCAACUGGUCGCCCAUUUGA